AGAAUGGAAAUAACAGCACUCUAAUUCUUUUGGCAACACUCCAACUUCUAUGGGCCAUAAUUGAAUUCAGACAUUUAUCUUCUCUUCAGCUUUUGCUAAAGACAUUUAUCCUUUCUUCGGUCUGUCCAAAUUCUCUCUCUCUCUCUCUCUCCCCAAUGGCUUCCUCUCUUCUUCUUCUUGUGUCAGUUUCAUGGUUCUCUUCCUUCCUGGCUCUGCUAGUCUCACCCGCACAAGCAGACACCUGCACCUCACAGGUAUUCAUUAACAGCAAUCUCUACUCCAGCUGCACCGACCUCCCCGUCCUCAGCUCCUACCUCCACUGGACCUACGAUACCUCCAACUCCUCUCUGUCCAUCGCCUUCAUCUCUACACCCCCCCAAUCUGACGGCUGGGUAGCGUGGGGCAUCAACCCCACCUCCACCAAGAUGGCUGGGGCACAGAUACUCUUGGCCUACAACACAGAUAGUGGGAUCCCAACCGUCAAAACCUUCAACAUCAGCUCAUACACCUCCGUGGUACCGGGAAAACUCUCGUUUGAUAUCUGGGACAUCAGCUCCGAGUUCUCCAACGGAACGUUCAAGAUCUUCGCCGCCCUUAAGGUUCCCCAAAACGAGAAGUCUGUGAACCAAGUCUGGCAGGUGGGCCCCCGGGUCAACCAAACCUCUGGUUUCCCCGACAAACAUGACAUCGUCGGCCCCAACCUGGAGUCCUUUCAGACCUUGUCCUUGGCAGCUAAUCCCACAACGGGCACUGGCAUUAAUCCAUAUACACCUGGCACUAGCAUUAAUAAUCCCUAUAAUAGUAGCAACUGCAAUCGUCCCAAUCCCACUAUGCCGUGCGUUCCCGCUAGUGGCAUGGGUGGUGGUGGCUUUGGUCGUCGUGGUGGUAGUGGUGGUGGUAAUGGUAGUGGUGGUGUUGGUGGUGGUAGUGGCGGGGGUGGUAGUGGUGGUGGUGGUAGUGCAGGAGGGGCUUUGAGGAUUGGAAGUGGAGGAAACGUGGUUUUGUUCUCUGUCUUGCUUUUGGUUCUUGCAGCUCUCAUUGCUUUCUAAAUUUCGUAUUUUGGAUUUGGUCUUCCUAAUUUUAUUUUUCUUCAUAGUAAUGUGAUCGAUGAGGUUUAUUGUAUAGGGAUGGUAAUUUUCUGAUGCUAAUGGGUCGUGUGAGGAAUAAAAUUCUGUUUGGGGAUAGCUUUGGGGAAAUUUUUUGGAUAUGGGGUUGGGGCUGGUUCGGGGAAAUUAUGAUAUAAAGUAAUAUGUAUAUUAUUUAUAUUUCAUGUAUGUAUAUAUUGCCAAGUGUGUUCUAGUUGUGUAUCAUGAAUAUUAUUAAAUUUUAAAUUCUGCA